GCUACUCAGCACUCUCCGCACGAUGGCGGCCAGCUGGCACAUUCGUAAUUGGCUGUCCCAUCACGUUCGUAGAGUCACGGCCACUCGGGCCAUUCACGCCCAGUCAGUCCUGCCCGGCACGACCUCUGCCGCACUCCAGGCCAUCCGAACCCAGCCAUCUCAGUACAUCGUGGCCUCUCUAGUCGGAAGAAAAUUCAUUCUCACCCCCCGCGAUCUUCUCACCGUACCCCACAUCAAGGACGUCAACGUCGGUGACGUCCUCGUGCUCAAGGACAUACAUGAAGUAGGGUCACGCGACUACACCCUAAGGGGAGACCCUCUCAUCCCAACGGGACGCGUCAAAGUGGAGGCAACAGUGGUUGAACACACAAAGGGGGCUAUGGAAGUUGUCUUCAAGAAGAAACGGCGAAAGGGUUAUCAAAAGACUAUCAAAAACAAGCACCCUUACACUCGUCUACGCAUAGGCUCCAUACAGUUUUCGGACAGUCCAUAGUGCUCACUAUGCCAUAAG